AUGGAUAUGCGGAGACUCGCUGCUGCUCUUCUCGGUAUUGCCAUUGCUUUGAUUAUAAUAGCUUUGGCUAUCUCCGACUGGCGUAAUGGAAUGGCCUUCGGUGGGAGCAGCUAUGACAAGGAGGCAAUGAUCGCGGUAACCUUCUUGAUUAUCAUCGGUCUAAUUUGCUUGCUUAUCGUCUUUAUCCUCGACAUGGUUAUGCUCUGCCAAACUGCCGUUCCAGCCGGAACGAUUACCGCUCGAUUCGUGAUCCUCUACAUCGGAGUGGCACUGAUCACAAUAGGCGUCCUUGUUUUUACGGCACGGAGGGGAGGAUUGUGGCCCUACUUCCUGGUAGUAGUGGGCGCGGUAUUCGCCAUUCUUGUGGCGAUCCUGGCCGCUGUUUCCUCCAAGCUUCCUGAUGAACGCAGCCUGUUUGUGAAGCCAAUUGUCGAUGAAGGAAGUUUCACGGUAUCUGUCAUCGAUGACAGCUUGCCACAUUCACUGUCAAAUGAAAUGUUCAGCUUGCCUCAGCUGAUGUCGUCGAUGCUUACUCAAGCCAGCAAGGCAGCAGACGGACCGGUUACCAUGCGCGGACUAUCGACUGUCCUCCUGGUUAUAUCGAUUGCCGCAAUAGUAGCAGCCCUGGCAAUAUCUGACUGGCGUAAUGGACUUGCUUUCGGUGGAUCCAGCCAUGACAAGGAGGCAAUGACUGCGGUGACGCUUUUAAUUGUUGUUGGCUUAGCCUGCUUUAUUCUUGUCUUCAUUUUGGACGUAGUCGUGCUCUGCCAAAGUGUUGUUCCUUCUGGUUUGCUAACGGCCCGAUUCUUAAUACUCUAUUUGGGUGUCGCUCUCGUCAUGACUGGUGUUCUUGUUUUCACCGCAAGGCAGGGAAGACAAUGGCCUUAUUUCCUAUGCAUUGUCGGGGCGGUCUUUUCUGUUCUUGUCGCAAUCCUCGCAGCCUUCACCUCCAGGUGUGUUACCAGUGAACGAGUGGUCAUCCGCAACCCUCGUUGUUAA